UUGGUCCGCCCGACGGCCUCCCCUCCAGACGAAUCGAUCACGAAUCGAGAACCUCGAGCAAUUCGUCGAUCGAUCAAUGAUCGACUGUGCGCGGAUCAUUUCUAGGCAUUCUCUCGUCGGGUGAGGCGCGUCAGCUCAUACAGAUCGAUCGAUUUGAGCCGAUCCCGGGCAGUGAAGGGUUCUUCGGUGCAGAAAGAGGACGACGAUGGCUUCUGCAGCCACUGUUGUUUCAUGUGGUUCUGGAUUAGGUUUGAAGCAGAUUCAUGCCUUUUCUACUGCACAGGAUGUUAGGUCCAGGUCGUCUGCAAGACUAGUCACUGUACGCUCAUGUCCCGCACAUUUGAAGGCAAGCUUUUCACCUUCAAGAGGAGCAUCAAAUGAAGUUUCUCGGAUUAACUGCGUCAGUCCUGCUACUGAUGGACUUCUCCUGGACGUCGUUCCCGAGCCAAAAGAACCACAAGAGUCAAGUCUCCCUUCUCCAAGUACAUUUGAGAUUCAGAGUUUGUUAAUGGAAGUUUGCGACGAGACAAGCAUUGCUGAGCUGGAAUUGAAGGUUGGAGAGUUCAAGCUUCACGUCAGAAGAGACGUUGGAAAGUUGAAGGGAUCAGCAGUUCCAGCAACUGCACCGGCUCUUCCGCCUGUGCCCACGAAGCCAAUGGUCGAUUCCCGACCGCCAGCUCCCACUGCCGCUCCCUCUUCAAGCCCGAAGUCUAACAACUCUAUCACCGCAAUGACGGGAAGCUUCUCGAAAACUGCAUCUCUUUUCGGGCUCUUAGAAGCUGCAGCCGAUGAAGGCCUGUUGUUUGUGACCUCCCCGAAGGUCGGUGUUUUUCGGAAAGGACGAACUGCCAAAGGCAAAAGUAGCAAGCCUAUGGUGGAGGAGGGACUAGUUAUCAAAUCUGGCCAGGUGGUGUGCUACUUGGAACAAUUGGGGACUCAACAACCCGUGGAGUCUGAAGUAUCCGGAGAAGUCGUGAAGGUGUUGUGGGAUGAUGGAGAGCCCGUUGGAUAUGGAGAUCCCUUGAUUGCUGUUCGCCCCUCUUUCCCUGGCAUUGUAUCCUCCCGAGGGACCGUAAUGAACUAGGGACAGAGUAGAGUAUAGUCCAAACAUUCUUUGCCAGGUGUGUAGACUCUAUUCGGCAGAAGUUGAGGAGUUUCGAGCAUUCAGUGUUCUCAGGAACUGCUGAGAUAAAGUUUUAACCAUCCUCCACACGCAGCAGUCUGAGGAACUUUUAGUACUUGCUGAUUGAGCUUCAGAUUAUUCAAUUAAGAGCACAGUCAGGAAAGUCUUUUUCCUCCUCGCGAAGUAUUUCAACAUGUUCUGUAACAAAUUAUCAAUUUUGAUGGCAUUCUCUGCCUGAGUAAAGAGUAUGGAGUCACAUGGACCACCUGAUCAUACUUUCUUUUUGGGGGAAAUUGACUCCAUUUCAGAGUAAACUUUUC